AUGUUAUGAACUUCCCCGAACCCAGGAGUCGCCAGAAGCCAUGGUGACCAACGCCAGGCUUCUAGAAGAUGGCUCCGGGAAGGCGGCCAAGAAUGUGAAUGCAGAGAUUGGUUCCUGAGAACCCCAAAGAGAAAAUCCACACCAGUGCUGGAGUCACAAAGGAAGCAGUGUCCCUGUGAUCAUGUCAAGGGCAGUGAGAAAAAAAACAGAUACCAAAAGCACCACAGGAAGCCAAACAAGCCCUCCAGAAGCUGCCAACAAUUUCUCAAACGAUGUCAACUAGCAAGUUUUGCUCUGCCCUUAUAGUUCUGAGACUCCACUCUUUCAAGUGAACACUCUCAGUGAAAAAGAGGUGAUCAACCCUCGAGCAUGUUCUUGUUCUCCCCACCCCCAUUCUCACCAAAAGCAUCCCAGUGCUCUCAGAAGGCACUGCCCAGCAUGUUGGCUACUGUGCUCUCUACUGCCAUCUUCUCUCAUCACUACUGAUUUCAAUAUGGGUUAAAUCAUUUAAAAUGGCAGAGUCUCCCUUCCUCUGUUUAUUUAGCUCCCAGGUCUGUUCCCAGAAUCUUGA